AGAGAAUGGACGGAAGAUAGACGGAAGAUAGAAGAGUAGAGAAGGACGAAUAGAGUGACGGGAGGGAAGGAAGACACAGACAGAAAGAAAGAGGGAAGACAGAGACAAGGAGAGGGAGAGAGAGAGAGAGAGAGAAUAAAACAAAAGAAAGAAAGAAAGAAAGAAAGAAAGAAAGAAAAAUUAUGGGUUUCGAAUUAGAGAAAUUCGUGUCUACGGUGGAAGACGAAAAAAAAUGUAAACUCUGCUCGGGUGUUUUGGAAAAUCCUCUUCGUACCCCGUGUGGGCAUGUGUUCUGCUCUGGGUGUAUUGUACCGUGGAUCAUUAGGAACGGUUCAUGUCCGGAAAACUGUACUCCGGGUGUUUUUUUACGUCCGGAAAAUCUCGAAGCGGUUGUUCCGUUACAACAAUUGAUAUCCGAUAUGCAGGUAAAGUGUGAGUUUGCUGAUCGCGGUUGUCCUUUGAUAGUACCGCUAACCAUGAUGGUAAACCAUUCCCAAAGUUGCGGUUACCGCCCGCUCUGCUGCCGUAAUCCAGGUUGUUCGACCGUGGUUAACGCCCGCCAUUUAACCACACACGAAUUACACGAAUGCGGGAGCCGCACCGUGGGCAUAUGCGACAAAGGGUGCGAUCUUGUGCUGCAACAGAGAUCGGUCGACUGUCACGAAUGUGUGCAAGCCCUGAAGAGUCAUAUUGCCGAGAAGGAAGUGAGAAGUGGCGCUCUGGAGGCGGAGAUGCGCCGCCUUCAGGCCAAGUUUACCAAGCGAGAGAAAACACUGCUUGAAGAGAUUGCCCUGUUACACAGCGACGUGCAAAUACAGGCUUUGAAAUUCCAGCAGAAAUUGAACCUCUAUCGUCUCCAGUUGAAUAACAUCUCGCUAUUGAAUAACAACAACAAUAACAACAACAACAACAAUAACAACAAUAACAACAACAACAACAACAGUAGUGAUAUUAACGGCUAUAACAACUACAAAGACAAUAAUAACUGCAAGCGUAAUAACAACAACAUCAACUUUAGUAACAAAUGUAUUGGAACUAAAGACUACGACGUCAUCAUCACCAGCAACACCGGCGGCUGCUGUAGUAGCGGUAACAGUAGCAGCAACCACAACGGCGGCGGUGACAAUAGUAUCAAGGAAGCUAGCAGUGGAAUCAGUAGUAUUAGUAGUAGUAGUAGUAGUAGCAGCAGCAGUAGUAGUAGUGGUAGUAGCGGCAGUAGUAGUGGUGGUUGUGAUACUAUCAGCAGUAAUUGUAGUAGUGGUAGUAGUGGUUGUCAAUCUAACUACAACAGUGACGAACAACAACAAAAG